AUGGCCUCCAAUAACAUUUACCACGGGCAAGCCGCCUUUGAGCCGUCGCUCGACGUCAAGCCCCACACGUACGCGGCCAAGCCCUUUGACGAAGAGUACGACGUUGAGAUCAAGGUGACGCACUGCGGCAUUUGCGGCUCGGACUUGCACACGCUGACGGGCGGCUGGGGCGAGAUCAAGUACCCGAUGGUCGUCGGCCACGAAAUCCUCGGUCACGUCGUGCGCGUCGGGUCCAAGCAAGAGUGCAAGGACGUGCUUGGCGCGCACGCGUUUCUCAACUACAACGAUCCUGCGGCCGCCGCCGCCGCCGCGCAGCAGUUGGACCUCGUCCUCUGCACGUCGUACGGCGCCGACACCAACUGGGGCGCGCUCUUCAAUCUGGUUGCGACCGAAGGCAAGUUUGUGCUCAUCGCAGUGCCCGAGAAGCCGAUUUCGUUCCAUGCGUUCGCCGUCGUGCCGCGCCAGAUCACGAUUGUCGGCUCCAUCAUCGGGUCGCCGUCCAUGAUCGAAGAGAUGCUGCAGUUUGCGGUCGAGAAGAACGUGCGCUCGAUCGUGCAAGUGAUGCCGAUGGCGGAGGCCGCCGCCGCGCUGCAAAAGGUGCACAACGGGGACGUGCGCUUCCGCAUUGUGCUUGAAAACUAA